CUACUGCGCAUGCGUUCAAUUUGGAAACCAGGUUUCAAAAGUUAAAACUGGAAAAUUUAGAUGAGAGUUCACAAAGUUCACUGUUUAGAGCAAGGGAAGGAGGUAGUAGGAGUCAUAAAAGAUUUUGGAGAAAGUAUUAGGCUAUAUCAAAUCAGUUUAUUAUCAGCCUGGUUAGUUACAGAAACUUCUAUCUCGAAGUGCAUACUUGUACUACUCGAUUCCACAGUAAGUUGGUGUUUUUUAUGUAAUUGAAUAAUGGGUGGUAUACUAUUCUUUAUACAAGUGUUUUUGAGACUUCUGUUUAUUUUUCCAAGUUCCAGUACCAGUGAAAAUACUGGUUGGCACCAGUUCCAGUGAUAGUGGAAAUAACGUGAUUAAAAAUGUUAAAACUCGGAAUGUAGGAUAUCCGUCGAUACUAACAGAUUUCAUCUUGGCAAACAAAUUGGAAGAGGGUAGAAAAAACUGUACUGUUGAAGGCAUGAAAGGAACAGUAAAAAGCUAUUCAGGUUUUUUCAGAGUUCGGACUGCCUUGGAUUCAUGUAUGUUUUUCUGGUAUUUUCCUGCUGAAGAAAAGCCUGUGAAUGCUCCAGUAGUUUUGUGGCUUCAAGGUGGACCAGGUGCGUCUUCGUUGGUGGGAGUAUUUCAGGAGAUUGGACCGUUUAUGGCAAAAAAUAAGGGAUUGAAAUUGCGCAAAUACUAUUGGUCCAGGUCUGUUCAUCUUCUAUUCUUGGAUAACCCAGUGGGAGCCGGCUUCAGCUUCACAAAUGGAGAGGAAGGCUAUGUGAGGAACAAUACCGACAUGGCCGUAGAUGCUCACAGCGCGCUUCUCCAAUUCUUCACUCUAUUUCCCGACUUGAAGGCCAAUGAUUUCUUCAUAAGUGGCGAAUCUUACGCGGGUAAGUUUGUACCAUCUCUUGCCAUGAAAAUCGACAAGUCACAAGUCACAGCAGCCUUAAAAAUAAAUCUGAAAGGUAUAAUUAUUGGUAACGGAUUUUGUGAUCCUGAGAACAUGAUGGGCUACAGCGAUUAUUUGUAUCAGGUUGGUCUUCUUGACAAACAGGGCAAAAACGUAUUCAGUGUUCGAGAAUAUGAAAUUACUAAUCUAAUAAAAACAGAAAUUACCUUGCAGCCUACCAAAAAUUCAACACACUUUUGAAUGGAGGUGGCUUGGGUAAAACAUUGUUCACCAAUUUAACCAAUUCUGAAAAUUAUUUUGACUGCAGGAAACUCACGAUUGAUAAUACAGACAACGAUAAUUUGAUAAAAUAUAUUAACAGUGACAUAGCCAGGCGAUUUAUUCACGUAGGAGAUAAACCGUUUAAUUUGAUCAAUAUCAAAGUGGAAGAGUAUCUUCGAAACGAUUUCAUGCAAUCUGUGAAGCCCCAAAUAGAAUAUUUAAUUCCUAAAUAUAAAGUUCUCAUUUACAAUGGUCAGUUUGAUAUAAUAGUGGCUUAUCCAUUGACAGAAAAUUUUGUUGAAAACUUGGUGUGGAGUGGAGCCGCUCAGUUUAGGUCAGCUGUGAAGAGACCAUUGAAAUUUGGUGAUGAGAUUGCAGGAUAUUAUAAAAAUGUGAACAAUUAUUUAUACCAAGUGAUGAUAAGAAAUGCUGGAAAUAUGGUGCCUUUAGAUCAACCUCUUUAUGCAUUCAAUCUGAUCACACGAUUUGUGUUUGGCAAACCAAUAUCUGAUUGAAAAUUAAUGGAGAUCAAUACUACCUACACUUGAUAAAAAAAUACAUUAUUUUUUCACUUCAUAAAAAUGUAUCGGCCAAAGUUAUAAAUCAUAAUAUGAAAAUGUUCAUUCAGUUUUAUUAUAAUGCAUAAAAGUAUAAAUUAGAAUACAUUAUUAUGAUUAUAAUAAUAUAAGACCAAGAAAUAUCUUAUUUAAAUAAGAUUAUUUAAAUAAAAGUACUCUUUAAUUCCCUGUUACAAACACAUCUAUCAAAUUUAACCGUUACUAAAUAAGAUGUCAUCCAACCAGAGAAAUUACGCAAGAACCUUUGAUCUAAUUUGACAAUAGAAUGAAGUCAAAUUCAUGGUUAAUUACGGUUAAAAUCAGAUAAUACAGUGGAAGAUGUUAAUUACUAUUUUUUUGAAUGCCAAAUGAGGCUCUGUUCAUAUUAUUGUUAUGUGAUGUAAUACUACCUAUUCCAAAUGUUUCUAAAAAAUAUAAACUGCUAGAUGAAAAAUCUAUAAAAUUUACUUGGGUCUUAAUUUAAAUUUUUCAUAGUCUUAUUUUCUAAAUGUAGAAACAUUGGCGAUCAGGUAGUAGGCUUUUCUUAUCUCGGGUAGUAUUUUGCGAAGUUGAUACAAACUCCAAGGCAUUCCAAUAUUCUUGGAUUUUUAAUGAGAUAUGGUGAUCUUUCACAGGAACGUGAAACUGAAAAGCAUAAAGCAUUAUUUUAGAAUUAAGAUUUUUAAUAUAUUUUCACUAUAUAUGGUAUGUGGUUGAUGUACUAUAAGUUAGGUUGAUAUGGGAUGUGAUUUAAAAUACGAGUAUUUUGCCAUACAUAUUACCAGCUAUUAGAACAAACAUUAUGUCAUUUUAAAUUGGUUAUAUUAGUAUAAUUAACGAUGAAUUAAUUAUUCAACUCGUAUUUGUAUGAUCUAAUACAGUUAUCUAAUAUUGUUAUUUGCGUUACGUUACGGUAUGACAAAGUAUAUAUAGCCCUACUUAAUUACUUUUUAAUACAUUUAAAUAUCUAUUAUAAAUAUAUAUUUACUAAUAUUAACAUAUUAUACAAUAAUUUGCAGUUAGUGUGAUUAUUUAGGUGCACAUACUCAAUAGUAAAAACAUGGUUUACAGGGAAAUUUAACACAGUCAUCUAACCGAAUUUCAAACAAUGCAAAAAUUAGAAUUACAUCAUAAAUUGUACAAUAUUAAUGUCAGCUUGUAAAGACAAAAUCCAGAUUACAUUUUUCCCAAUAGCUGUAUAGAAAUCUUGCUCCAGAAAUAUUAUUCUUUGACGAUAUUUUUUGAAUUUGAAUUUAUUGUAAAGUUAGCUGUGUAGAGUGCUACGAUUAUAUAAAGAGAUAAUUUUAGUAGAUUUUGAAUUGAAAGUGGAUAUAACAUAUUAUACAGAAAUAUCAUAACUCAGUGUUAUAAAUAUAAUUUCAAAUUAAAUUCUGUAAUAAUUAUUAAAAAAUACAAAAGUAUUCAGGUGAUGACAGGAUAGAGAAUAUAACGUUCCUUCUCAAAACUAUUUCGCAAUUUCCUUUGUAAUUUCUCUCAUAAUUCAUUUUGUAUUAUAAAAAAAAAUAGUUAUUUUAUUAUAUUUAUUUUAAUUAUAAUAAUUAUACAUAAUUAUAAAUAAUUCAUUUUGUAUUAUAAAAAAAUAAUUUAUUUUAUAGUAAAUAAAGUUAAUUACAAUUAAACAAAAUACUGUUGUUAUUUUUUGUUAAUUCAAAUUUAAACUGAGCUGAAUAAUAAUUCAGCUCAAGGAUCAUAAAACUGAAUUUUCUGAUACCAGAGUACCUCCAUUUUCACUUAGGUAUUGAUAAUGUAGACCA